AUGAUAGUGCUUUUGCAUAUUCUAUUGGCAUGGGUGGCUUUAGUGGCUGCAGAAACAGAGCAAGCGCUUAAGCUUACGGAGCUUUCUUUGGCCCUGCCUGACGGCAUUAUCGCCAUAACUAAUGGCGACCUCUCUCCUAUAUCACAACCGGAUAGAGAACACUACACCUUAAUAGCAAUUACGUCCACUGAUCCAAAACACAAUUGUGAGUCCUGUCGUGAUCUUAAGGCGAUGCUUCCAGGAGUUUCCAAGGCUUGGUUUGCUGAUUACAUGUGGUCCAACUACCUUUUCUUUGCAACAAUUGACCUUGCAGAUGCAUCCAACAAACCGGUCUUUGAUUAUCUUAAAUUGAAAACAGUGCCACAGGUCUGGCUCGUACCACCUUCAUCGGUUGUUGCUAUGCAUACCAAGAAAGAGCGAGUUGUGGACGACGAUGGUAACACUGUCUAUGGAAACUAUGAGAUUCUCCUUGAACCUCAUGCCAACUUUGAAAUUCCUGAUGCCAGUCUUAAUACACAGACUUUCCAACUUGCAGACUGGCUUGCUCAUACGGUCCAGAAGAAAAUCAUGCUCAGGCAAGAACACCCGUUCAUGAAGUUUGUGACUACAUUUGGUCUCACCUUCGGUGCCAUUCUUUACAUCAAAAAACGCGGACCAGGCUUCAUCACCGGCUCGGUCAGCAAAGCCCUCAUUUACAAGAUUAUAACGCUUACCACGCUUCUUGUCAUUCUUGGUGGCUAUUCUUUCACUGCCAUUCAGGGGAUUCCCUUCUUGGCCAGAGACCCAAAGGGGAACAUAAUGUACGUUAGUGGCAGCUUGUACUGGCAGUUUGGUGACGAAAUCGUUCUCGUGGGUGGUAAUUACUUCUUGCUAGGAGCAGCCCUCGUCUUCUUGAUCUACUUAGGUAGAUACGAAGUAGGCCCCGACACGGUGAUCUCCUCCGAGCCAGCAAGACUCGUGCUUACCAUCAUUGGCACAGGCGUGCUUUAUUUGUUCUACAGCUCUCUCACCAGCAUGUUUUUGAGGAAGGAUCCGGGGUAUCCGUACCACUUGUCCAAGCUUUUUUAG